GAGAUUGUGUAUUUGGUCAUUUCCUUUAAAAAGAUCAGUGAAGAUCAUGCCUUGUGUAUUAGGAUCAGGAUACCGGUUUUAUAGCACUGGAAACAAAGAAUAUGACGUGGUAGUUAUUGGAGGAGGACCGGGGGGAUAUGUUGCAGCAAUUAAAGCGGCGCAAUAUGGGUUAAAAACGGCGUGCGUUGAAAAACGAGGAACACUUGGAGGAACAUGUUUAAAUGUUGGAUGUAUUCCAUCUAAAUCAUUGCUAAAUAAUUCACAUUUUUUCCAUAAAAUAAGACAUGAUACUAAAGAUAGAGGAAUUGAGGUUUCUGAAGUAAAAUUGAAUUUGGAAAAUAUGAUGAAGUCGAAAAAUGAUACGGUAGAUGCUUUAACUAGAGGGAUCGAGCAUCUUUUUAAGAAAAAUGGAGUUGAAUAUAUUAAGGGUAUAGGGAAAUUUUUGAAUCAAAACGAAAUAGAGAUUAAGGGAGUUUAUGGACACAAGGAUCAGGUUCUUAGGGCGAAAAAUAUAAUAAUUGCUACAGGUUCAGAGCCAGCAGCUCUUCCUGGUCUUGAAAUAGAUGAAAAAAUUAUUGUUUCUAGCACAGGUGCAUUAUCUUUAGAAAAAGUUCCAGAAAAGAUGGUUGUGAUUGGGGGAGGGAUUAUUGGACUUGAAAUGGGUUCAGUAUGGUCUCGCUUAGGUUCUGAAGUUACUGUUGUAGAAUAUGAAAAUUUUAUUGGGGCAGGAAUGGAUGAAGAAAUUUCUAAACAGUUUACAAGUAUAAUUAAAAAGCAAGGAUUAGUAUUAAAACUUGGUACAAAAGUUUUGGGUGGUGCUGUUAAAGGAAAUAAAGCUAAAAUAGAUAUUCAAGUUUUAAAGGAUAAUAAAAAGGAAACUUUAAAUGCUGAUGUCGUUCUUGUUGCUAUUGGAAGGAGACCAUAUACCGAAGGACUUGGUCUGGAAAAUAUUGAUGUAGAUGUAGAUGAAAAAGGACGCAUUGUUAUCGAUUCAGAAUAUCGUACUAAGAUUCCUCAUAUUCGUGUUAUUGGAGAUGUUACUUUUGGUGCAAUGCUUGCACAUAAAGCAGAAGAAGAGGGUAUCGCAGCCGUAGAAUAUAUUAAAUAUGGACGUGGUCAUGUUAAUUAUAAUGCAAUUCCUUCUGUUAUGUAUACUUAUCCUGAAGUAGCAUGGGAAAGUAUUAUAUUUCUCUUAAAAUAUUAUAAUGACUAUUUAGGUUGGACAAACAGAACAACAGAUCAAAAAGUUGGGCAUUAAAUAUACAAUUGGAAAGUUUCCAUUUAUUGCAAAUUCCAGAGCAAAAACAAAUGUUGAGACUGAUGGAUUAGUCAAGUUUAUUACAAAUACAGAGACCGAUCGUAUUCUUGGAAUUCAUAUUAUAGGUCCAAACGCCGGGGAAAUGAUUGCAGAAGGUGUAUUAGCUAUAGAAUAUGGUGCAAGUGCCGAAGAUAUUGCUCGAACAACACACGCACAUCCAACUUUAUCUGAAGCAUUCAAAGAAGCUGCUUUAACUGCUUGGUCAGGAAAAGCAAUUCAUUUUUGAUUUCUUAAACUAUUAUAUAAAAUAAUUUAAUAAAUUAUACAUUUGA